UAUACGCUACUGAAGUCUAGGCUGAUUAUCUUUACUGUAUGCGAGCAAAACAAAAUUAAAAGCUCCGAUUACUCCGAUAUUAAAUUAUCCACAAAUAGGAGUAAUGAGUUAAUUAAGAUCCAGGCAAUGGAUUGAAGCGCAAUUUUUUUUCUUUAACUGUGAUUUAUUAUAUAAUUAUUUAAAGUCGCUCAUCUCGGUCUCUUAUUUGGAGCAUCAACAGUAGCUGUCAAAAAACAAUUUAUUUACAUCGAUAUAUACACACAUACGCAAAAUGCCUACACGUUGUAUUGCUGUUGGAUGUAAAAAUACCGCUAGUCCUAGCGGGAAAACUGCAACGCAAAUGAAAUUCGAGAAAGUAAUGAAAAUAACAUUUCAUUCAUUUCCUUCUGAUCCUAUUAGAAGAGCAGAAUGGAUAAGAAUAAUGAAACUUGAAGACAAAAUUAUUACCAACAGAAGUCGUCUUUGUUCUCUUCAUUUCAAGGAAAAAUAUAUAGAUCGUACAUCUUUAGUAUAUGUAAGAUUGAGGGAAAAUGCUGUUCCACAUAUAUUUGAGGAUUCAUUAGAUUGUGACAAUAUAGACACAGCUAUGAAAAAUGAAAGAACCAUAUUACCUGCACAAUCAGUUAAAACAACAAUUUUGACUGAACCUUUGAAGCCUAUGAAACAGGGAGAUAAUCUUGAACAAAAUUCUGUUAUUCAUUCAGUAUGUGACAAAGAAACAAAUACGGCGCCUUUCUUAUUACAAGAAAUACGAACAUCAACUGAGGAUAAGGAAACAAGAAUCUCACCUGAAAGAAUACGGAAUAUGAAUCUCUCUGAUAUAAAAGUAAUUAGACAAGAAAGAUGUACAGAAAUUAAAAGUUUACGUAAACAAAUACAAGCUUUACAGAAGAAAGUCUGGCAAAAACAUAAAAAAAUUGCAAUUAUGAAAACUAUCUUGAAUGAAUUAAAAAUAGAAAAUAUAAUUAGUGAUUAA